UACGAUGGUGUCGUUAUCUCGUUAAGCAGGUGGACUGUACACGCAUGACUAUGCGUUAUUUCUAGAUGAUAUAUCUCCUGGUGAACGCGAUUACAACCGCGACUACCUGUGCUGUUGUUAAAUAGCCCACAGGAGCUAACUGUGACGUUUAACUGCGUGAGAACCUUGCAUGCUAACUAACCGAGCUAGUUAGCUGCAACGCUAACAUUUGAUUAGCUGAAUUGUGUUUAUUUUCCAGAGAUGUCCGGAGCUGCUGCACAUCACUGACGGUUGCCCGCCUGUGACCGAACACAACCGCUAAGAUGCCUGCCGUGUCCAACGGGGUCAGAGACCUGUACCUGUCCACGUCUCUGGGAGACCUCAACAAAAAGGCAGCGAUCAAGCCGGACAAGACGAGCACCAGAAGCUAUGUUCAGAGUGCCUGCAAAAUCUUCAAGGCGGCGGAGGAGUGCCGUCUGAACCGAGAUGAGGAGAAAGCUUAUGUGAUGUACAUGAAGUAUUUAACAGUAUAUGACAUCAUCAAGAAACGACCAGACUUCAAGGAGCAGCCGGACUAUUUCAUGACCAUGCUUGGGCAAAACAGCUUCAAGAAAGCCAUCGAAGAAGCUGAGAAGCUAGCUGAUAGUCUUAAACUCAGGUAUGAGGAAGUGGAGGUUCGUAAAAAACUGGAGGAGAAGGAGAGACAAGAGGAAAAGAGAAGAAAAGAGGAAAUGACAGAGAAAGAUGGUGGUCAAGGGUCUCUGAAAGCUUCAUCAGCAAACAAGAAGGACAGCAAAAAGGUAAAAGGAGAGAAGAAUGAGCUGAAGAAUGCAACCUCAAAGGCUGCGGUGCCAGCUGGUGGGAUCACAGCUGAGAAACUGUUCCACAUGAUGAAGGAUCAGACGAUUACCAUAAUCGUGAUGGAUGCUCGCAGCCACACAAACUUUGAGGAGUCCCACAUUCAAGUCCCAGUGCAGAACUGCAUCAGCGUGCCUGAGGAGGCCAUUAGCCCAGGAAUCACCGUGACUCAGAUUGAGACAAAGCUACCGGAUGUGUCCAAAGAGCUUUGGAGGCAGCGAGGAUUUGUGGAUUAUAUUGUCCUGCUGGACUGGUUCAGUUCUGUCACUGACCUUAAGCUGGGCACCACCUUGAAGAGCCUCAAAGAUGCACUCUACAAGUGGGACAGCAGGACCAUCCUGCGUAGUGAACCACUGGUGUUGGAGGGCGGCUACGAGAACUGGCUGCUGUUUUACCCCAUGUACACAACCAACGCUAAAGUUCGGCCCCCCAGACAGAAUAUCCCCAACACCCUCCCUCAGUUGAACUUCAGCUACCCGUCCCUAGAGGAACCCAAACCCCCAUCCCCGACUCCACCAGAGCCUGAAGUCAUACACAAGCCUCCGGAAGCCACAGGUCCUGUGUUGGUGAAUGGUGUGACACCAGCAGAUCCCCCAACAUCUAAAACCUCCAUGGUUAUCGACGCAUUGCCAGACAUUAUCGAUUCUCACGUCAAUGUGUCCACUGAUUCUGGUCCGGACCUUAAUAAAAAGGGCCCAUCCAGCCAGUCACCUGCAUCAGCCAAAGCCUUUCCACAGUUUGACCGUGCCAAGAAACCCUUUGUCCAGGUGUCAGACGAGCCUAAUCCCAGCCAGAACGGUUCAGCGAAGGACUCCAGCCUGAAUGGCCCCGUUGUCCCUGACCGCACAGGCAAACCAUCCUUCAUGCCCAACAAUUCUCUGUCUAAGGAGGAGCAAAGUCAGAUUCACUCGGAGGUGGUGGCAGUGAUGGAGAAGGCAAAGCAAGAGCAGGAGAAACGCAACCAGGUGCGGCGUUUAGAGGAAGAGAGGCGGGAGAAGGAACAGAAAGAGAAGGAGCUGAAAGAAAGAGAGGCGAGUGAGACGAUGAAAAAGGAAGAAGAUGAGACGAAGCAUCAGGAGAAAAAGAAACUGGAAAGGCAAAAGGCAGAAGAAGAGGAAGACAAAGAGAACAGGACCUGGGCAAAGGAGCCGAACUCUGACACACCUUCGAAGAGCAUGUCUCUGGAUUCACCUGCUCCCAACCACCUUGUUAGUGAAAUUAAGAGGGAGCCCCUGACUAGAGCACGGAGUGAAGAGAUGGGCAGGAGUGUACCAGGCCUUCCAGAUGGCUGGAUGAAGUUCCUUGACACUGUUACUGGAACGUACCGAUACUACCAUUCUCCAACCAACCGCGUGCACCUGUACCCCCCUGAGGUCACGGUUCCACAGACCCCACCCUCCACUCCGCCAACAGCUAAACAGAAACCGCCACGACUAGCUGAGCAGGAUACCAAAACUGACGGCGAGCGGGAACAGUCGAAACUGAAACGCUCCUACUCCUCCCCUGACAUCAGCCAGGACCUGAGAGAGGAGGCCCAGAAGAAAGCCUCCGCCCCGACCGUCGCUGCGGUCAUACCCACCAUCAACAGAGAAACCAAACCUGUCAAUGCUAAGGUCUAUUCUAAAGUGGAGAUUACGCGGCCGUCAGCUGCAAAAAUUCGCAGCCUGAAUCCUACUUUUGGAGGUCAGGGCACGUCACUGACCGGCCUUCGCAACCUCGGAAACACCUGCUACAUGAACUCCAUCCUGCAGUGUCUGUGUAACACCCCGGCCAUGGCUGAGUACUUCAACAACAAUUACUACAUGGAGGACAUCAACAGGUACAACAUCCUUGGUCAUAAAGGGGAGGUGGCAGAGGAGUUUGGCGUGAUCAUGAAGGCGCUGUGGUCCGGUCUGUACAAGUGCAUCAGCCCGCGAGACUUCAAGAUCACCAUAGGCAAGAUCAACGAGCAGUUUGCUGGCUACGACCAGCAGGACUCCCAGGAGCUGCUGCUGUUCCUCAUGGACGGGCUGCACGAGGACCUGAACAAGGCGGACAACAGGAAGCGGUACAAGGAGGAGGAAAACGACCAUCUGGACGAUCAGGCGGCAGCCGACAUGGCCUGGGGCAAACACAAGCUGCUGAACGAGUCCAUCAUCGUAGCGCUGUUCCAGGGGCAGUUCAAGUCCACCGUGCAGUGUCUGACCUGCCAUCGCAAGUCACGGACAUUUGAGACCUUCAUGUACCUGUCUCUGCCUCUGGCCUCCACCAGCAAGUGCUCCCUGCAGGAUUGUCUGAGGCUGUUCUCCAAGGAAGAGAAGCUGACGGACAACAACAAGGUGUUCUGCAGACACUGCAAGGCCCACAGAGAUUCCACCAAGAAACUGGAGAUCUGGAAAGUCCCACCCAUUCUCCUGGUGCACUUAAAACGAUUCUCAUACGAGGGGAGAUGGAAGCAGAAGCUGCAGACAACCGUAGACUUUUCUCUCGACAGUCUGGACCUGGCUCAGUACGUUAUUGGACCCAAACAAACCCUGAAGAGAUACGGUCUCUAUGGAGUUUCUAACCACUACGGGGGAUUAGAUGGCGGCCAUUACACCGGGUACUGUAAGAACGCCACCAAGCAGCGCUGGUACAAGUUUGACGACCACGAGGUGGCAGAAAUCUCCACCUCCUCUGUCAAGUCGUCCGCAGCUUACAUCCUGUUUUACUCCGCCCUGUGAUUUAGCUGUGGGACAUGAAGACAGAAAACUGAAGCCAGAUCAGCGAUGCUCAAGCCUAGAGGUUGUUAACUUUUUUCGUUUUAAAAUCACAGCUGUGAGAACCUGG